GGCGGGGCGAGGCCGUACGCGAUGGGGGCCCGCGGGCCGUGCCCGCCGCUGGCCCCGCUGCUGGCCCUGGUCCUGCUGGCCCUGGCGGGGCCCGCCCGCGCCCUGCAGAAUGUGACCGCUCAGCUCUUCGGGCCCGAGGCCCGAGGGACCCUGGCGGCCUUCGGCGACUUCAACUCGGACAAGCAGACGGACCUGUUCGUGCUGCGCGGCGGAAAUGAGUUGGUUAUCUUCUUGGCUGACCAGAAGGAACCCUACUUCAAGCCCCGUGUUAAGCUACCAAUGAAAUCUCUCGGUGUCACCAUAACCAGUGUGGUUCCUGGAGAUUAUGAUGGAGAUUCCCAAAUGGAUGUCCUCCUCACUACCCAGGCCCCAAGUCAUGGCAAAGAUGAACUUUCAGUGUUUAUUUUCUGGGGACACAACCAAACGUUAGAUCUUAACCAUAAAACUAUGUUAAAUAAGACUUUUCAUGAUGAGCCUCUAGUAAUGGACUUUAAUGGAGACUUGAUUCCUGAUGUGUUUGGUGUCACAAGUGAUUCAAAUAAGCCGCAGAUCCUGCUAGGCGGGAACUUGUCAUGGCACCCUGCGUUGGAAACUCAAAGUAAAAUGUAUAUACCACACUCUCAUGCCUUUAUAGAUUUAAAUAAUGAUUUCACUGCUGAUUUGUUCCUUACCACAUCACCAAAUUCCAAAACCAUUCAGUUUGAGACAUGGGUAAACAAGGAUGGGAACUUCUCUAAAACUGGAAGAAGUAAGGAAAUGCCCAGUGGUGCCAAAGUCGUUGGACAGUCCGUGUUUGCAGAUUUUGAUGGGGAUGGACAAAGUGAACAUUUAUUACCAGUCUGUGAGGAUGAAACAUGUCAAAGAAGUGCCAUCUACCUAACGAAGCUGGGAUUGGAUCAGUGGAUUCCAGUCUUGCAAGACUUCAGAAAUAAAGACACUGUCUGGGGCUUUGUACCAUAUCAAAAUGACAAAUCUUCAACAGAAAUUUCAUUUCCAAUUACACUUCAUAUUGGAGAUUACAAUAUGGAUGGAUACCCAGAUGCACUUGCUAUACUAAAGAACACUUCUGGAAGCAAUCAACAAGCAUUUUUACUAGAAAAUGUCCCGUGCAACAACGUGAGCUGCAAGAGCGUGCGGCGCAUGUUCAAGGUGUUCUGGGAGCUCUCGGAUCUCAAUCAGAUCAAAGAUGCCGUGGUAGCGACCUUCUUUGACAUCUAUGAGGAUGGAAUCUUGGAUAUCAUUGUGCUAAGCAAAGGCUACUCCAACAAGGACUUUGCUAUCCAUACAUUGAAAAAUAACUUCGAAGCAGAUGCCUAUUUUGUUAAAGUUAUUGUUCUCAGCGGCCUCUGUUCUAAUGACUGUCCUCGGAAAAUAACACCCUUUGGAGUUAAUCAGCCUGGUCCUUACAUCAUGUACACCACUGUAGAUGCAAAUGGGUACCUGAAAAAUGGGUCAGCUGGCCAGCUCAGCCAGUCAGCACAUUACGCUCUCCAGCUGCCCUACAACGUGCUGGGCUUGGGCCGCAGCGCCAAUUUCCUCGACCACUUGUACGUUGGCAUUCCUCGUCCCUUAGGAGAAAAGUCCAUAAGAAAACAAGAAUGGACAGCUAUCAUACCAAACUCCCAGCUUAUAGUCAUUCCCUAUCCUCACAAUGUUCCUCGAAGCUGGAGUGCCAAGCUGUAUUUGACCCCAAGUAACAUUGUACUGCUAACAGCUAUAGCCUUAAUUGGUGUCUGCGUUUUCAUCCUGGCAAUAAUUGGCAUAUUACACUGGCAAGAAAAGAAAGCAGAUGACAGAGAGAAGCGACAGGAGGCUCAUCGGUUCCAUUUUGAUGCUAUGUGACAUGCCUUAAUAUUUAUGAAGGAGCUGCUACUCAUUUGCUUAAUUGAAAGACUAAAUUCUGAUUUUUUAAAUUAUUACCAUGAAAGUACUGUUGGUGUGUUAUUUGUAAAUGUUGCAUUAUCUGGUAUUUAUUUGGAAAGUAUUAAAAUUAGACCUGAAUGUCUCACAAGGCCUUUCAGUUAUGAGACUGUAUAUAAUAGAAUUUGGCCUUUAUUUAACAGAACUGUAAAUUUAUUUUUCUUAGUAAAGGGAUCAAGUUGCAUGUAUCAUUGUUUAUGUACCAAUUCUUUAGUAAUAUUUCAUAGAAAGAAAGCUGUGUAAAUUAAGUGUAGCAUUUCAGCGAGCAGAAUACCUUGUACCACUUGAAUUGGUCUUGUCCUUUAUUCAUUCCUGCAAAACAACCUGGUUUCUGAAAAUUAAACUUGUGCAAUUUCUCAGAUGACUUAAUCGUUAAUUAUUUUGAUCGUAUUAAAUGGUGCUUAAC